AAUAAAUACAUGUACGUGCAUUACUGGUUAUCAUGCCUGGCACUAAGUAUGGCAGUGACAACUUCACUUCCUUUUUUGGUUCAAGUGGGAUAUAGAUCUGUAAUUCGUGAAUCGAUAGCGUAUGUAUUUAUCGUGUGAAUAUUCCUCCAUGGUUAAACGAGGCCCAACGAUCUUAGAAAUAACUGUGUUGUACAUGAUGUCACUGACUGAGAGCUUAUUAGCCACCCAGAGUCGAGCUAGUAUUUUCAGAAUCGCUAGCUGAUCAGCUGUCAACACUAUGAAAUGAACAGUCACACACGGCCCCAUCUAGCUAGGUCUGGCCUCCUUGAAUCACCGUCCUAGCUGUUCCGAUCUCGUUCUUCAACAUGCUAAGUACCCAACUACCAACCAAUAAGAGGCAUCGCUCAACACUGCCGACGACAACCCGGAAGAUGUCCGUCUUUCGUCGGGGCAGUCUUCCUGCGAUGCUGUUUACCUUGAUUGGCUUCUCGAGUGUCUCCCUGGUUUUCUUUGGGUCAUUUUUGAACCAACAUGCGACAGUGAAAAGGCAAAUAGUACUCGGUGAACCUUCAUCCUUUAUAAGAAGAGCAGCACCUGGAAAAGUUUGCCCAGAGCUGAAUAUUCCUAACUUAAUACGAAACAAUACACUUGAUUUAAGUGACAUCAAGAUGAAUCAAUCGGAAGAGCACAUCUUCAAGGGGCAACAAGACCAGGUUGACAGAUUCGUCAUGGAAGGGAACGGAAAAUUGCAGACCAUUUUGAAAAAGUCGCGAAGUUACAAUGCGUCUGUGUGGGAGCACAUCACAGAGAGUUUAUCGCCAAUAGCUAUCGAGGUGGGCAACUACUCCUACAUACCUGGUGGAUUCUGGAAACCAACGACGUGCUUGCCGAGAUGGAAGGUUGCUAUCAUCAUCCCGUAUCGCAACCGGUCAUAUCAUCUGCCAAUCCUGCUUCGGUAUUUGACUCCUAUGCUCCAGAGGCAGUUGCUGGAGUUUGCUUUCUUCGUUGUCCAUCAGGAUAACCGCUUGGAGUUCAACCGAGCAAUGCUCAUGAAUGUUGGAUUCGCCGAGUCCCUCAAUUUCUCCAAGUGGGACUGUUUUAUCUUCCACGAUGUGGACCACAUACCGAUCAGUGACUUCAAUUACUACGGGUGUAGCGGCAUGCCUAGGCACUUCGUCAGCGGUGUCGACAAGUGGAAAUACAAGUUACCAUAUGCCUCUUUCUUCGGUGCCGUGUCUGGCUUAACUACGGACAAUAUGCGCAGUAUUAACGGCUUUCCCAACGUGUACUGGGGCUGGGGAGGCGAGGACGAUGAACUGUGGGAACGCUGCAAAGCGGCUCAACUGCCGGUCUCCCGACCGGUUGGUUUCCCCGGUUAUUAUCACGCCAUCCAGCACCACCACCUCAGAGCAAAACCUGCCAAAGAAAGAUUCAACUUGCUAAGAAGCUUCAAACCUCGCUCUGGGCGGGACGGCUUGAGCAACCUCCAGUACAAGCGGCCUGUGCUGGAGCUCCACGAACUCUACACGAAUAUCUCGGUGGACAUCCAAAAGCUGCACAUCGAUCCGCGUUUUUUGAGACAGACAGCCGUCAGGACCAAGCCGGGGACCGUGAAGAAAGUUUACAAACCGGCGAACAAAUCGUCGAAAGUUCAGAAGACCAAAGCGAAACUAGCGAAAGCCGCUGAAAGCGAAUCGAGAAACCAGACUCGUGUAGAAACGCCAUUGAAGCGGAAAAGAACUUCAGAAUUGGCGAUGGAGGUACAUGAGGACUUGGAUGUGGACUUGGAAGUUGAUUAAAACAAAUAGCAUUUUGUUUAGUGGAUUCGAAGCGAUCACCGCCCGGCUGCUCCCGGCGGUAACGAAAACUUGAGAAGGGAGCAGCUCCCAUCUUAUCUUUGUAAUCCAGAUGAUAUGACAAGUGCCCCUUUGGUGCUGUUUCGAAGUGAGAGUCCUCAGGUGUUAGUCAUUGAUAUUUCAAACAAGUAUGUCAUCAACAUACGUAUAUUUCAGAGUUGCAAUAUCGUGCAAUGCUCAGUAUGAUUUCGCCAUCGUAGAAGAGACAAUGCACAUUUUAUGGUGUAUAUUACACAGAGCGAGAUAACCUGCAGAUGCUCUCCAGUUUGGGCGGAGUAGCCUACGUUCGAUUAUAACCGUUCUUUGCAUCCGGUGGUUAUGAUGUCGUUCUUCAUCUUCAGGGCUUCUCUUUUGGGAUCCACCCGAUCCGAUGUUCCCCAAUGACUUUGUUUCCCAGUCCCUAGGGUUAGGGUUAGGGCUAGGGCUAGGGUUAAGGUUAGGACUGGGGAAUGUAGAGAUUGGGGAACAUCAUAGGCGUAGCCAGCGGGGGGGGGG